AUGGUGGUGCUGUGCGCUUCGAGUCGAAUAGGGCGCGCAUUGCGGCCCGCCGCCCGGCGUAAAAUGGGAGUGUUUCCCGUUAGAAUAAGGCACCAGAGCUGCUCGGCUUCGAGUCUACAGGCCAGGCAUACAGCUGGAGCACCUUCGAGAGGAAUCUUAAACAUCGCCUGCUUCGCGGGCCGUACUCAGCACGACUUUUUUCGACUGAAUGACCGACGUAGAACGUUUUCUACCAAAUCUUCAAAAAUCUACGACUCGGCACCAGACGCAGUGAAGGACAUACAGAGCGGGUCAACCCUGCUUGUUGGUGGAUUCGGUCUGUGCGGCAUUCCCGAAAAUUUGAUACUAGCAGUGAAGGACCUAGACAUCAAUGAUCUAACGUGUGUGUCAAAUAACUGCGGAGUGGACGACUUCGGAUUGGGCCUUCUGUUACAAACUAAGCAGAUAAAGCGGAUGAUUAGCAGUUACGUAGGAGAAAACAAGAAUUUCGAGCAGCAGUACUUUGCUGGUGAGCUCGAAGUGCAACUGACGCCGCAAGGCACAUUGGCAGAACGAAUUCGUGCCGCUGGAGCCGGAAUUCCGGCUUUUUACACUCCCACAGGCGCCGGCACGAUGAUACAGGAGGGCGGGUAGAUGAACCUGUAGUUGUUUGUUACACGACGGGCUCCUUCACCUUCUUGGUCUUGUUCUUGGAGUUUGUCGCAUUCUUCUUGCUGUUUCAAAAACCAAGUGGGGGUGUGCCUAGCCGUAGAUGUUCUCUCUACAACUUUGUCGCUGUUACAAUCUUUUUUUCUAAGAACAGGUGUCACUCUCACACAGAGGUCAACAUCCUCCAAAAGCAUCCUUUCGUUCGAUCAGGUUUCCUAUCCGACAGAAGAAUGACAAGCAUCCUGAGAUGCCCGCGCAGCCCUUAGAAAUGCGCACUUUUAACGGUAAAGAUUACGUGAUGGAAACUGCACUGCCCGGUGACUGGGCGCUAGUCAAAGGGUGGAAGGCCGACGAAAUGGGAAACGUCAUCUUUCGCAGCACUGCUAAUAACUUCAACGGAGUAAUGGCAGCGGCAGGUGCUUUUCACCGAUUUAAUUUUUGUACUUUGUCGCGCUGGACCUCAAAUAAUGACAACGAGCUAAGUACGCGCACAAUGAGGUUGAAAUUCUGCUGACUCACAUCAACGAUAACUUCAUCUUGUUUGCCCUGCUUACUUUAAUCCACUAAGAGCUACCACGGCAGGCAAAACCUGCAUUGUCGAAGUCGAGGAGAUUGUUCCGACUGGCACGCUUGGUCCUGACGAGAUUCAUUUGCCGUCAAUCCACGUUGACCGCCUAGUUCUUGGGAGGAAGUACGAGAAGCGCAUUGAAAAAGUUGUCCUUGGAGGUGGUGGUGGCGGCAGCAAGCUGAAGCCAGAGCGCGAACGCAUCGGCCGGCGAGCGGCACUCGAGUUCAAGGAUGGAAUGUACGCCAACCUAGGAAUCGGCAUUCCGACGUUAGCAGCAAACUUUGUGCCAAAGGGAGUGAACAUUGUACUGCAUAGCGAAAACGGCCUACUAGGCAUCGGACCAUAUCCGACAGAGGCAGAGGUCGAUGCGGAUAUAAUCAAUGCGGGUAAGGAGACGAUUACAAUGAUGAGGGGAAGCGCAGCAUUUAACUCAGCAGAAAGCUUUGCGAUGGUACGCGGCGGACACGUAAAUAUCACAAUGCUGGGAGCGCUACAGGUAACUACAGCGAUUUUCUAUUCCGAAACAAGUUGUUGGUCCAGUUCUAGUACGAACACAAUCUAUUAGGUUAGGGUUACACUUACUAAGUAUAACUCAUUUCUUCGUUCUUCUGCUGACUACACUUCCAACUACAAACCUUCCACAACUCCAGGUCGGUCAGUUCGGCGACCUUGCAAAUUGGAUUAUUCCGGGAAAGAUGAUGAAAGGCAUGGGCGGCGCCAUGGACUUAGUCGGCAGUGGCAACCGAGUGGUGGUUACCAUGGAGCACACGGCUAAGGGAAAGCACAAGAUCAUGGACAAGUGCACACUUCCACUAACAGGAAAGGGCGUGGUGAACAGCAUUAUAACGGAAAUGGGAGUCAUCGAGAUCGAUAAACAAAAGGGAUUACUGUUGACAGAACUUGCUCCGGGGUACUCCGCCGAAGACGUGAAGGCGUCGACAGGUGCGCCACUGAAUAUCGCAGACGACAUAAAAGAAAUGCGACAGAGCGACGCUUAGGCAAAAGUCCGCUUUCGCACUUCGUGCUGCCGCAUAUUCUCCUAUCAAUCUUUUAAAAGUUCUUUAGUUUUUCUAAAUUUAUGAAUAUUAUGCAAUUACCUUUGCGUAUGAUAUACCUAUAUAAUUCUGAAUUUUGUUUUUGUUUUGGCUGAAUCUUUCACCCUAACCAUCUUCACUUUUUAGACUACUUUAGCUGCGUCGUGAAUUUGUGUAAUAAAGUGGUAUUUGAUCAUUGAGGUCACACAAGGACUAGAUCCAUGUUUGCUUGCUGUGUACGAAUGCAAAAGUUGCUUAGUGGUGCCGCGAAAGCUAGUUUGACUUGCACUUGCGGUUUCUUUGUUUUUCACUUGAUAUCUAAUAAAUACUUAUAUCGUCGGGCUUGUGGACAGUAGGACACCAAAAAUAGAGAAUAUGUCAGAAAUCUUUUAUGAACCCUCAUCCCCGUGGUUUUGGUAGUUGCAAAAUUGUGCAGGUGAUUCACCGGUUUCUCGUCCAAUACUUACUUACAAGUAGCUGAAUAGAUAACUCCAGGUCCAGGCGUGUAGAUACUAGGACACCAAAGAAAAAACUCAAGACACAGGGAUCCGCAUGACACAGCAGGAGACCCAUACUGGUACUUUGUGCUAGCAGAUGAGAUCUUUUGUAACUUCUGCUGGCUCAACUGCGCGUUUAUGACAGAAAAUCUACACUCCCCAUUACACCAUCACCAAUGACUGCUGCUUGUCGAUAGGUAUGUUUAUCAACGAGUGAAUCUGUUCGAGG